GACCCCCCGUACAUGGAGGUGUUCAGAAACCCUCCGGCCAUCUUCAGUCCGCUCAAGUCUUUGGGGAGGCUCGUCUCGGACCCCAGCGCUGUCAUGCCUCUCUGCUUCAACGGCCCACCGUCUUUCCUUAACCCGCACCCCGUGCCAGCCUUCCACCAGCAGAUGUGCAGCCUUUUACCGACCCCACACAUACACCCCAAGCUCGAAAAUGGAAGGCUGUCGGCAUCCGCCGAACGACUCUGGGCUUCCCGGCAGGAAAGGGCCAGGAGCCCGAAAAGUGACAAAUUCUCACCGGUGGCUUCGUCUUUUAACGCCAAAGAGAAGGAGCGAUCUCUGCAAGAAGCGAGUCCAGUGUCCAGCAAAGGUCGGCCGUACAGCUUCAGCGAAGAAGACCUCCACGCCGUCCUGUACGGCUACACCAAGGCGAGCGACGAGCAACCCUUUGGACACGCCAUUUCGGGCCUGAGAAUCGUGGAUGGGACAGUUGCCGACUCGCAGCUCCAUGUGGAUGGCGACGCGCUUGAUCUGCCUGAAGGCUUGUCGGUGCUACAGACCGUGUAUGGAGGGGUGGUCCAAUACGGCAUUUUCUCUAUUAACGGGGUUAUCCCAAAAGGGGUGCGCUACGGGCCCUUUCAGGGCAAGGUGGUCAACACGAGCGAAAUCAAAACAUACGACGACAACACGCUGAUGUGGGAAAUUUUCGAAAACGGCCGCCUGAGCCACUUCAUCGAUGGCAGGGGGGCGAGCGGCAGCUGGAUGUCCAUAGUGAAGUGUGCCCGCUUCCCUGAAGAGCAGAACCUGACGGCGGUGCAAAGCCAGGGCCACAUCUACUACGAGACGUGCAAAGAGAUCGGGCCGAAGCAAGAGCUGCUGGUCUGGUACGGCGACUGUUACCUGCAGUUUCUGGGAAUCCCCCUCACGUUAAAGGACGUGGCCGACGGCAAGAGCUCACACAGCCGGCCUGAAGAAUCGGCAGAAGGGUUCAAGUGCGAACGCUGUGGUAAGGUGUUUGCGUACAAGUACUACCGGGACAAGCACCUCAAGUACACGCGCUGCGUGGACCAAGGAGACCGAAAGUUCCCCUGCCACCUGUGCUCGCGCUCCUUCGAGAAGCGCGACCGCCUGCGCAUCCACAUUCUGCACGUCCACGAGAAGCACCGGCCACACAAGUGCAACGUGUGUGGAAAAAGUUUUUCCCAGUCGUCCAGUCUGAACAAACACAUGCGUGUCCACUCUGGCGAGCGGCCCUACAAGUGUGUCUACUGCAAUAAGGCCUUCACCGCAUCAAGCAUCUUACGGACGCACAUCCGCCAGCAUUCGGGAGAAAAACCUUUCAAAUGUAAGCACUGUGGGAAGGCCUUUGCAUCACAUGCGGCCCAUGACAGUCAUGUUCGGCGCACCCACUGCAAAGACAAACCGUGCGUGUGUGAAGUGUGCGGGAGGACCUUCAGCGAGCUGCAGGAGCUCCAGUACCACAGCCGACUGCACACAGCAGGUCGAGCAGAUGCAGGCCCGAUGUGUGACAUCCGUGAUGCCUCCGUAACUUCAGACAGUUUGGAUGAAAGUCUUCUUUACAGCAUCCACGAAAGCAGCUCCAACAAGCAAGAUGUAUCUUUAAAAGACGAUGAUUAUUCGUUCAGAACAAACUCUGGUCUCACAGUCCCUCAACAGGACGGCUACAGACCUUGGAACUAA